AUGAACGCCGUCGACCAGGCCAUCGAGCGCGCCGAACAGGAUGCCGUUGAGAAUGCCAGCCAGCAUAGCAGCUCCUCGCGCGACAGUCUGGACUCGUUCGCCUCCAGCAGCGACUCCUCAGAACCCCCGCUCCAGACGAUGUAUUCCCGCCGCACCGAGACCGAUCUAGAGCGUUACCAGACCACGACGCAAGCCCUCGACCGCAUCGAAACACAGCGCCUGCAACAUGCGCUCACCGUCGGCGAGAGUAUCAAGAGUCGUGCAUCCGCCAAGGCGCCGCUGCCGGCCUUUGGCGCCGGCAAGCCCUACCCUCCUCAACUCCCGAAUCGGGAAGACUACGUGGUGGAAUUCGAUGGGGUCGACGAUCCUCUAUACCCGCAGAACUGGAGCACACGCCGCAAACUCUGCACAGGGAUCAUCCUCGCGUUCACCAGCAUCUGCUCGACCUUCGACUCGGCCGUCUUCUCUAGCUCCACGCGCAACGUGGCGCGCGUCUUUGGCGUCGGCGUCGAGGUCGCCACGCUCUCCAGCUCGCUGUACAUCCUCGGCUACGCCUUUGGCCCGCUCGUCUGGGCGCCCCUCUCCGAGCUGAGCGGCCGCCGGAUGCCCAUCCUCUUCGGCAUGCUGGGCUUCGGGAUCUUCAACAUCGCCGUCGCCGUCGCCAAGGACCUGCAGACGCUGCUCAUCUGCCGCUUCUUCUGCGGCGUGUUCGGCAGCUGUCCGCUCGCCGUCGUCGCGGCCAUCUUCUCCGACAUCUUCGACAACCGGUUCCGCGGCGUGGCCAUCGCCAUGUUCUCCAGCAUGGUCUUCCUGGGCCCGCUGCUCGCCCCCUUCAUCGGCGGGUUCAUCAACAUGUCCUAUCUCGGCUGGCGCUGGACCGCCUACAUCCCCGCCUUCAUGGGCUUCGCCGCCCUGCUCCUCAACUUCUGCUUCCUGCAGGAAUCCUACCCGCCCGUCAUCCUCGUCGAGAAAGCCGCCGAGCUGCGCCGCCGCACCCGCAACUGGGGCAUCCACGCCAAACAGGAGGAAAUCGAAGUCGACCUGCGCGAGCUCCUGGUCAACAACUUCUCGCGCCCGCUGCGCCUCCUCGUCCGCGAACCCCUCAUCCUCGCCGUCACCCUCUACCUCAGCUUCAUCUACGGCCUGCUCUACUGCUUCCUGACCGCCUACACGCUCGUCUACCAGGGCGUGUACCACAUGAACGCCGGCGUCGGCGGCCUGCCGCUCUUCGGCAUGGUGGCCGGCCUGCUGAUCGCCGGCGGCUACAUCUGUCUCGUCGCCGGCCGCUCGUACAGCGCCAAGCUCGCGGCGAAUGGGGGCAUCCCGGUGCCCGAGUGGCGACUGCCGCCGGUGAUGGCCGGCGGGGCGUUGUUUGCGGCUGGCAUCUUCUGGUUUGGCUGGACGGGGUUCACGGAUGAGAUUCCGUGGAUUGCGUCGACGCUGAGCGGGCUGUUUACCGGGUUUGGGCUGCUGGUCGUGUUUAUCCAGUUGUUCAAUUACCUGAUCGACACCUAUCUCCUGUUUGCCGCGUCGGCCAUUGCCGCCAAUACCUUCUGCCGGUCGAUCCUCGCGGCCAGCUUCCCGCUGUUCUCGCGCCAGAUGUUCAACAGUAUGGGGAUUCAGUGGGCGUCGACGCUGCUCGGCUGUGUCGCCACGGCGCUCGUGCCCAUCCCGGUGAUUUUCUACUUUUAUGGGAAACGCCUGCGGAUGAAGAGUCACUUCGCGCCGACCUUUGAGCCGGACGAGGCUGCACCUGUCCCGACAGAGAAGGACGGGGAGGAGGUGACUGGGGCGAAUGGGGAGGCAGAACGUCGGGACUGA